AUGAACUUUGAAGACAUUGUAGAUAUGGAAUGGGUAGACACCACUACUCCCUCUGCUGCUACUGCUGCUGCUGAAGAUUUUAAUAGUAGUGAUUAUUAUUUUAAUCAUCACACAGAUUUCUUGCUUGAACAACCUAUCACGCCACCUCAACAAACAGCCAUUUUGGAACCUGAGAUAAAGAUAGAACCUCUUACUAGUAUGCCUACCAUUGAACAAAUCAAGCAGCUUAUUGAAAUCGCGAAACGCCAACUUGCUUUACGCGAACAACAACAAAAUCAACAACAACAACAACAACAACAAACAGACCAAGUCUUGUUCCAAACUUUGCCCACGACAGAAAUUCAAACUGCUGCGCCCUCCAGCAUUUUUGCUCCUCCCACAAUAAAUGCCGGAACAACUCCUUCUAUGCCUGUGCUCUCUCCAAGCACUAUUACAUCUACUGAUAUGACAUUGAUGCCACCUAUGAAUUCUGCUUUUGAAACUUUACAGGAUGUUUCGCCUUCUUUAUCAAAGGUGGCGGAUGAUAAAACAACUGCGGUCAGAAGAAGUUCGCUUGCUUCUAUGCCGGAAGAAUCUAUCUCAUUGGAAGCCUAUGCUGAAGCAGAUGGUAUUGACCUCAAGAAGCUUACACCAAAAGAGCGUCGUCAACUGCGCAAUAAAAUAUCUGCUAGAAACUUUAGAGUCAGAAGAAAAGAAUAUAUUUCCACUUUGGAAGGACAAGUAAAUGAACACAAAAAAGCAGCUGAAGCACUAAAAGAGAAGCUGAUGCAAGCAGAAGACGAAAACAAAAAACUUUGCAAAGAGAUGGACUCUUUAAAAAGACAAAACCAAAUUUUGCAACAACAAUUAUCACAAAAGAACAACGCCAAUCCUUCAUCGCCCCGUAUACCCAAGCCCAACUUGAACAAAGAUAUCAGCAUCUUAGGUACAAAAGCAACAGAUUCCUACCGCCAACAAGAUAACUGUAUACUUGUCUCUAAUGCUGUCAUGCCUGCCUGGGACUAUCAAGCUAUUCUCAGUAACAAAAUUGAAAAACCCAAAGAAACUCCAGACUUGAUGAGACAUCUUGCUGGUCAAUUUCUAUUAUCGGUUGUACAACUUGCAAACAGCAUGCCUUGUGAAACCAAUCGAAAUGAUAUUAACUUGCCACCCCUUUUGCCUGAGGAUCGUGAUUUCGCUUCAUCAGACGAAAAGAAAACUCCAGUUACACUCUCAUCUUCAUUGUCAUCAUACCUUCCUGCAUCUUCUUCAUACUCAUCAUAUUCAUCAUUAUCAUCUUGUUCUUAUAUGGAAGAACUGUAUGAUACAUUGAUCCAGUCAGCAUUGAUCAAUAGUUCAAAUUCUGAUAGAUCUUUUUGGUGGUGGGAUAAUCAAUCUCAAGCUUUGUAA